AUGAGUUGCUUUCCGUGUUUUGGCUCACAGAGAAGUAAGAGAUCAAAUAACAGGAGAAUAGAUCAUGCUUCUGCACCUCCUGUUGAACAAGAAAUGAAAAAACCAAAACCUGGGGAGACACAGCACGGGACACACUCAACGCACUCAUCACACUCAGCAGCACACACAAAACAGCGGACACACUCAGUGGAAGUUGACGUAUCACAAAUCAAUGCAAAGAGUUUCACUUUCCGUGAGCUAGCUUCAGCAACAAAGAACUUCCGUCAGGAGUGCCUAUUGGGCGAAGGUGGAUUCGGAAGAGUCUAUAAGGGAACUCUUCAGUCGAGUGGGCAGGUGGUGGCUGUGAAGCAACUCGAUAGAAAUGGAAUGCACGAACACAAGGAAUUUCUAGGAGAGGUUUUGACACUAAGCCUCCUGCACCAUCCAAACCUAGUUAAUCUAAUUGGCUAUUGUGCCGACGGAGAUCAAAGGCUUUUGGUGCACGAAUUCAUACCAGGGGGCACUCUAGAAGACCGAGUUCUUGAUAACCAGGCAGGUAAAAUGACAUUAGAUUGGUACACGAGGGUAAAAAUAGCUUAUGGUGCUGCUCUGGGACUGGAGUACUUGCACGAGAAGGCCAAUCCACCCGUCAUAUAUCGGGACUUUAAAUCUUCAAAUAUCUUGUUAGAUGAAGAAUUCAAUCCAAAGAUCUCGGAUGUUGGACUUGCCAAGCUUGGUAAUUCCGGAGAUAGGAUGCAUGGACCAUCAAGGCUAAUGGGCGCAUAUGGUUUCUGUGCUCCAGAGUAUUCAAGAACUGGUGAAGUCACAAUGAAGUCGGAUGUAUAUAGUUUCGGGGUUAUCCUACUGGAGCUAAUUACUGGAAGAAGAGCCAUUGACACUACAAGAGCAAAUGAUGAGCAAAAUUUAGUUGCUUGGGCACAACCCUUAUUUAGGGACCCAAAAAAGUAUCCUGAUAUGGCAGAUAGUUUGCUGAACAAGCAAUUCCCAGAGAAAGACCUAAAUCAGGCUGUUGCAAUAGCAGCCAUGUGUCUGCAAGAUGAGGCAUCAGUUCGGCCAUUCAUGAGUGAUGUUGUAACCACUCUAAGUUUUCUUUCUACUAGUCCUCCUCCUCCUGCUCCUGUUCUAGAUGAUACAGUCCAGGAUGGUAACUCUGAACGUGGUUCUGAAGGUGUUUCCAACGAUGAUGGGAGCGAUGGAGAGGCUUCAGAUAAUGAGAGUAACAGAAGUUCAGAACAUGACCGCGGCCAUUAUGCUAAUGACAGUCCAGACAAGGAUGGUAAUGACGGGAGCUUGCGUCAACUAAGUGGUGUAGACUCCAAAGAAUGGCAUUCAUUUGAACGAGACGGAAACACUUCUUCAGGUGACCUGAGAAGUAAAAGCAAGAGCAACAAGAGUGAUCAAGAUACUAGUUUAAUAAGCCAAGAUAAAUUUGGAAGUGCUACUUCUAGAAGCAACAGUGAAGAAUCGAACGAAGUAGGUAUUUCUCAAAGCAACAAUAGAGUACCACAAGAAGAAGAGAGCCAAGAGACUACUGUCACACUUGGUGAAAUUAAGAGCGCCGAUAUAUCAAAUGGAAAGUCUAAAUCUGUCAAUUUCUUGGACCGCACCACCAGUCUCAGGGCAUGA